GGGAAUAGGUUGGAGGGAUCAGGCAACCCUGCAGAGGUCCACCGUAUAUUUGCAUCGGUGCGGUGAAGCUAAUGCAAAAAAAAAAAACCGUUUUAAAUCUGUCAGCAGUUGCACAUGCCUGCUUUAAUAAAGGCUGACUAAGAAGGGGGCGUUACCCAGAGCAAUUUUUGAACAUGGAUUAUGAGAGGAGGGGCGGCCGCGGGGACCGAAUGGGUCGCUAUGGCAAAGACACAGAAGACCACGAUUACAGGGACAUGGACUAUCGCGGCUACAGACAAGACAGAAUGGACGGAGGCUUUGUACACGAUAACGGCUUGAGCGGUGACCGGCAGCACGGACGUGACGACUGUGUGGGAGGGAUGCGAGAUUUCCCGGCAGGUCACUUUCCUGAGAACUGGGGAGGGUUCAGACAGAGAGGAACCCGCGGAGGUGAUGGCAACCGGCGAGGAAAAGGGUUCCAGUACGAUUCCCCCCGAGUGCACCCACGAUUCCAGCAGGAGGAGAGAGAUUAUCACUUUGAGGCUGAACACGAGACACACAGGCGGGACUACCAGCCUUUCAGGCAGAUUCAGACAGAUAAACACAUUCCACACCAAUCAGAUAAUGCAGAAGAAUGGGGGCGAGCGGGGGGGCCGAGCACAUCCCCUCAGGAGGAAUACGGUGCGGGUCGAAGAGGGGAAGAUGAAAAAUACCCCAGAGGUGUUGGCCAAACAAGGGGUUUCUGUCCCCAGCAGCAGUCUGGAGCGAGGGAUGAGGCUGGAGAGAGCGUGUACUCAGCAGGGGCAGAGUCUGGACCAGAGGAGGCAGAGCUUCGGGAUCAGGACUACAGAGCUGAGGGAGAACAGGGCCAGAGACCCAGCAACAUCAUCAUGCUGAGGAUGCUGCCUCCAAAUGCCACCGUCAAUGAGAUUCGUGCCCAGCUGCAGCAGCAGGGAGUCCAGCCACGAGAAGUGCGUCUCAUGAGAAAUAAAUCUUCAGGUCAGAGCCGAGGAUUCGCCUUCGUCGAGUUUAAUGACUUACAGGAGGCCAGCCGCUGGAUGGAGAGCAACCAGAGAGUGCUCACUAUCUUGGGACAGAGAGUGUCCAUGCACUACAGCGACCCCAAACCCCGCGCCAACGAGGACUGGCUCUGUAACAAGUGUGGAGUGCAGAACUUCAAGCGGAGGGAGAAAUGUUUCAAAUGUGGAGUUCCAAAAUCAGAGGCUGAGCUCAAACUGCCUGUGGUACAGAAGGAGUUGCCCCUGGGACAGUUAAAAGACUCCUCACAGGGUCUACUGCCCCUCCCCACCAUCUAUCAGACCACUGCCCCCCUCAUCAGUGUCACCAACACAUCACAGACUAACGAGGUGGCCAACGAUACUCUGAUCCUGAGGAAUCUGGGUCCUCACACCAGUCUGGAGGCGAUCCUGACGGCUCUCGCUCCAUUUGCCACUCUGUCUCCCUCCAACAUCCGGCUUAUUAAGGACAAACAGACCCAACUGAACCGUGGCUUUGCAUUCCUACAGCUCACCACCAUUGUGGAGGCAUCUCAGCUGCUGCAGAUUCUACAGGCACUGCAGCCUCCUCUCUCCAUUGAUGGGAAGAUUGUAUCUGUGGAAUUCGCCAAGGGCUCCAAACGUGAUGUGUUUCUGACUGAUGGCAGUCGCGUUAGUGCUGCUACAGUGGCCAGUACAGCGAUUGCUGCAGCUCAGUGGGCCAUAUCUCAGACAGCCCAACAGCUCUCUGCAGGAGCUCCUGGAGGUGAUGCGAGUGUAUACCAGCAGGGGGCAGCAGCUGUGUUUGUGCAGGAGGGCCAAGAUGGGGGCAGCCCUGAGGGCUUGAAAGGGCCUGGUGCUUUGAGAACGGACUUGAUCUCGUCCGCCCCAGGGAUAAUGGGGGCCUAUGAGGGAGGGGGUGGGGCUACAGCUGCAGUGGUCCCAACAGUGACUGAAGGUGGCGGAGUCACUUCUUCAGCUGCUCUCAUCCAGACACCCUCACAAACUGUCACCACAACAACAUAUACACAGCCCAGCCAGGCUACAGUAACUCAGCAGGUUGAAAUCGUCGGAAAACCACAACCUGCCACACCAGGAACAGCGUUAGAGCGCCAGCAAUACCCUGAUCCUGAUGUUGCCACAUAUCAGUAUGAUGAAAGCUCAGGUUAUUACUAUGACCCGCUCACUGGCCUCUACUAUGACCCCAACUCACAGUAUUUUUAUAACCCCCACACUCAGCAGUAUAUGUACUGGGAUGGAGAAAAGCACACGUACAUCCCGGCUUCUGCGCAGGCCUUGGCUGACACCGCAGACAUUGCUGCCACAGCAAUGAGCUCCGACCCCUCAGCUCCAGGCAGCAAGGACAAGAAGGACAAACCCAAAACCAAAACAGCUCAGCAGAUAGCUAAAGACAUGGAACGUUGGGCUAAAAGCCUGAACCGGCAGAAGGAGAAUGUGCGCUCCUCCUCCACUUCCACAAACACACGACGGCCUGAGGACCGGCGAGAAUCAGCCAGCGCUGACGCUGGAUACGCCAUCCUGGAGAAAAAGGGGGCCUUGUCGGAGAGACCACAAAUUCUGAUUGAUGAGAUAAAGUAUCCUGAGGAGAGAGAGAGAAGUCCUCCUCAGAGUUUGGUAGCAGCGUACAGAGGAGAGACGGAUAGCGAGGAGGAGGGAGCGGAGAGGGAGGAGAAACUGACCGACUGGACUAAACUGGCCUGUUUACUGUGCAGGAGACAGUUUCCCAGCAAAGAAGCUCUAUUGAGACACCAGCAACUGUCUGAGCUCCAUAAGCAAAACCUGGAGCAGAGGAGGGCUCGGCAAGCUACAGAGGGGGAGAUGAGGUUCGGCGGCCGCGCUGCAGUCAGGAGGGAGGCGGGCGCUCUGCCGGAACAGCCGGACACCAAAAAAAGGAAAUACAGCCCCAUGUAACAGCCGACAUCAGCCAUUACUGUUUUUACAUUUUCUAGGCUGAAUUUUAUCAUCACAGCCUUUGAGUAUCUGAAUCCUCUCCUCUCUGUGCCUGACAUGUGUCUUGGUGGAUAAAAAAGUAGCUCUGGACAGUGGAGUGGUCUGAGAGAGGAGCUCAUCAUUGACUCAUGCACUGGUGGCCUAAUGAUACACACACACACACACACACACACACAGCAGGAGAAAAGUCUGGAAGCAACAGAACAUUUACAGCAUGUUAGAUUUACAACAGAUAACAGACAGUAGUUGUGUUUAUUAAAGGAAUGUUAUACUCUUAAAGGACAGUUAUGCUUUAAAACUAACAUUGAAAGGAUGUUUAGAUUUGAUCAAUAUUCCAGACGUACUCAUUGAACUCCAGAAGAGCCAAACGUUUUGGGUCACUGCACUAAAAUAUCCACAUUUUAUUCACUUUAAUGCAUUUACAACCCCACAUUCUUAAUUAUUGCUGGGAUUUCACAAUAUUUAGCUCAAUGUUAAUCUCAGUAAUUUAACAGUUUUUCACAGUAAAAUAUUGUAUUCAUCAUUUCAUUGUGAAAUUGAUGAGCCUUAUUAAAUUAUUGAGCCUUACAGUAAAUAACAGUAAAAUAUGAGCUGAAUACUGUGGUGCCACACUCACCUGCACCACAGCAUUACUGUGUUAUAGCUGUUAUUCUGUACAUUUACAGUAAUAAGCUGAAAUUAUAAUACAGUUAUCUUAGUGUAUUUUUAGUGAACAACUGUAAAAAUAAUGCAGCUCGAGAGUUACUGUAAAUUUACACAUUUAUUGACCAUGUUCUGCACUGCGAAUGCACAGAAUAUCUCUUAUAAAAGAUUUUAAAUGAAAAUACACAUUUCACAGACCGUUCUAAGCAAAAAAAAACCUUUAAAAAUCAAACAUCCUGAUUUGUUAGAAUAAAAACAUUUGUUUUAUUAAAUGUUUUAUUAAAAUAUUAACACUUUUAGUUGCUAUACUAUCUUUUGAUUCUGUAUAAUGCAGCUCAGUGUUGAUCUGAUUAUUUGGUGUGCUACAGAAAAUAUGUUGAUUUCACAAUAAAAAUGUUGAAUUCCUGGCAUUAAUUAACUUUAAAUAGGUGGCAAACAUGAAACGUCUUGUUAUUGUUUAAAAAAAACUGUAUAAUGUAAAGGUUUUGAUAAGAAUUAAAGGGCCCCUAACUAUGAAAAUUUAAUUUUCCUUAAUGUUUUGAAAUUAGAGUUUAAUCAGGUAUGUAAAUAUUGUUAAAAUAUCAAAAUGUACUUUUGACUUUUCAGUUCCUAAAGUACAUGUAUGGACACUCAGGUAAACCAACGCAUUAGCAUAUAUCACUACAGCAGUUUAGCUCCGCCCACGCUUGCUGAAGUUAUAAGGAGUGUUUCAGCCUGAACUGUUAUUUGAUUAAGGACAGCCAAUCAGAACAGAGCUCAUUUACAUAUGCUAGUCUUAAAGGCACAGUAACAAAAACAGCCUCUUUAAGUGUAAAGGAUAAAGAUAGGUUGGGAAAUGGUUGUGUAGAAAUGAAUUAGAACCGUUUUUGAUACAUAAACCCAGACUAACAUAAAUGAACCUCAGGGGGAGCAAAGAUAAAAUACAAGAACCUUUUGGUUUAGUUUAGAAACCUUUAUGUUUAAAAAUGUAAAAUCUGUCUGCUCAGCUUCAGUAUGCACUGCUUGACUUCUGCAGAGUUCUAAAUUCAGGGAAACUGUUAUCUAUGCUAAUCUGUUAUAUGCUGAAAAAAUGCUUUAGUGAACCUGAAGGUAAUAAGCAGACAUAACUGACUUAUCUAAGCCCCGCCCACAAAAAGUCAACAGGCUGUUUUGUAGCUAAUUGAUGCUGGGCAUGUUAGAAGACAACUAUAAA